CAGUGGUGCUGAGGAAACCCGCGGAGGCAGCAGCUCUCGGGGAACUUGUACCCGACGGAGUCCCCCAACUUAUGACGGACGCCUCGCUACAGAGGAGGACGCCCAGGGUGCACUUUGGCCGAGGUGCGUAAUUAGACGCCGCAGCUCCGCAGCGACUCUCCACGCGCGGGUCCGAGGCUGUUAUUUUGCGGGGAGGCAGACAGAGGGAGGACUGGGAUGCUGGCUCCCCGCGCGCUCCGCUCCGUGCUGUGCGUCCUGGGCUGCGCGUGGCUGCACGUCGGAGCGGCCUCGCGGCUCAAGACCUCGGCUCUGCCCAUCCAGUCGGAGAAGGAACCCCAGCCCUCCAAGAGCCUGUCGGGAUGCUCAUUUGGAGGUCGAUACUACGCUCUGGAGGACACAUGGCACCCAGACCUGGGGGAGCCCUUCGGUGUCAUGCACUGCGUCCAGUGCUCCUGCGACCCUCUGAAGAGUCGCCGCGGCAAAGUGCAGGGGAAGGUGAACUGUAAAAACAUCAAGCACGACUGCCCAGAACCAGAUUGCGACGACCCAAUCAAGCUGCAGGGGGAGUGCUGUAAAAUCUGCCCCAAAGGCGACGACAGCAGAAGGAGCGGCGCCGUCCUGAACCCGCUGCAGUUCGUCCAGGAGCGGAGCAAAGAGGCCGACCUGCACAAGUCCUACAACGACAGGUCCUACGUCAGCUCCGAGGACUCCAGGGAGAGCCACAAUGACCUGGUGGCCGUGCUGACGGCGGCGCCGGACUCCCCCGGCUCCAGCGGCGUCGCCAGGGCCCACUUCACCGUGAGCAGAAACAGCCUGACCUUCUCCGUCACGUACCAGAGAAUGAGCCGUCCCGGCAGAAUCGUCUUCAUGGACCCGGAGGGGAGCGCGGUCUUCGAGUACAGGGUCCCCAAAGGACAGUCAGACAUGGUGUGCGGCGUGUGGAAGAACGUGGCCAAGCCGCUGCUGAGGCAGCUGCAGUCGGAGCAGAUGCGCAUCGGCAUGAGCACGUCGGGGAGCAAGCGCGAGGAGCUGGAGGGAAAGAUCAUCAAACACAGAGCGCUGUUUGCUGAGACGUUCAGCUCCAUGAUGACGUCGGAGCGGGAGAACUCGGGCAUGGGAGGCAUCGCCUUGUUGACGCUGAGCGACACCGAGAACAACCUCCACUUCAUCCUCAUCUUCCAAGGCCUCAUUAAACACAGGCAGGGCGAGCCCACCGUGGUGCCGAUCCGAGUGGAGCUCAUGUACCACCAGCACGUCCUGAGGGAGAUCCAGGCCAACAUCACCUCCCAUGACCCCGACUUCGCGGAGGUGCUGACGGACCUGAACAGCCGCGAGCUCUUCUGGCUGUCCCGCGGUCAGCUGGAGAUCGCCGUGACCGCCGGGGGCCCCGACCUGCGGCGCAUCUCUGGCUUCAUCACCGGCCGGAAGUCCUGCGACACCAUCCAGAGCGUGAUGUCCAGCGGCGACGCGCUGACCCCAGUGAAGACAGGCGGCGUGGGCUCGGCCGUCUUCAACCUCUACGACAACGGCACGCUUCACUACCAGGUCCAGGUUGCAGGCGUGACCAGCGAGGUGGUCGGCCUCACCAUCGAGCUGAAGCCCCGGCGCCGCAACAAGCGCGUGGUGCUGUACGACCUGACGCCGGAGUACGACAAGGCCUCGGGGCUGGCGGAGGGCAGCUGGAGCCGCCUGGAGGCGCGGCACAUCCACAUGCUGCUGCAGAACGAGCUCUUCAUCAACGUGGCCACGGCGCACAACCAGGAGGGGGAGCUGAGGGGGCAGAUCAGGGCGCUGCUCUACAGCGGCCUGGAGGCGCCUAGACACGAGCUGCCCACGCCGCUGGCCGGACACUUCGUGUCUCCGCCGGUACGGACCGGUGCAUCCGGUCACGCCUGGGUAUCCGUGGACAAACAGUGUCACCUGCAUUACGAGAUCAUCGUCGCGGGCCUCGGCAGGACCGAGGACCUGACCGUGAACGCCCACCUCCACGGCCUGGCCGAGAUCGGGGAGCUCAACGACAGCAGCACCCGGCACAAGCGGCUGCUGACGGGCUUCUACGGGUCGCUGGCCCAAGGCGUGUUGAAGGACAUCAGCGUUGAGCUGCUCCAACAUCUGGACCAGGGAACAGCCUUCAUCCAGGUCAGCACCAAGAUGAACCCCAGAGGAGAAAUACGAGGACGGGUGCACGUGCCGAACCACUGCGCGCUGGGGUCCAGGGGGGAGGUGGACGAGGCCGAGCUGGACGACUUCCUAGUGGACCCGGAGGAGCUGAGGAAAGACCCUCACACCUGCUUCUUCGAGAACCAGCACCACGCGCACGGCUCCCGCUGGACGCCCAACUACGACAAGUGCUUCUCCUGCGGCUGCCAGAAGCGAACGGUGAUCUGUGACCCGGUCAUCUGCCCGGUGCUGACCUGCUCGCGCACCGUUCAGCCCGAGGACAAAUGCUGCCCCGUCUGUGACGGUGAGACAGAAGGAGACAGGAAGGAGCCCAAGGACACGAAGGCCCCGGAGAGAGCGGAGGAGCAUCCUGAAGGUUGCUACUUUGAAGGCGACCAUAAGAUGCACGCCCCAGGAACCACAUGGCACCCGUUUGUGCCUCCCUUCGGAUACAUUAAAUGCGCUGUCUGCACUUGCAGGGGAUCCACGGGGGAGGUGCACUGCGAGAAGGUGAUGUGUCCGAAGCUGACCUGCAGCCACCCCGUGAGGAGCAGCCCCUCCGACUGCUGUAAGACGUGUCCGGAGGAGGACAGGACGCUCGCCAGCCCCGAGCCCAGCGACAUGAUGCAGGCCGACGGGCCGCGGAGCUGCAAGUUCGGCAAGAACUACUACCAGAACAGCGACAACUGGCACCCGUGGGUCCCACUGGUCGGGGAGAUGAAGUGCAUCAACUGCUGGUGUGACCACGGCGCCACCAAGUGUCAGAGGAAGCAGUGCCCGGUGCUCGCCUGCUCCCACACCACCCGCCGGGACGGCUCCUGCUGCCCCGAAUGUGCCGAUUCUAAGGAGGAGGACGACCACGUGACGAGAGCCGCAGACAAACGACGGACCCGGACGCACUGAUCAGUGGAGAUCAGACGGACCAAAACCCAGAGCUGCAAACACCCCCCCACCCCCCACCCCGCACCCACCCUCCUAUCAGCUUCAGGAUUGUAACAAAUAGAGAAGGACAAUGGACUGAAAACAUCCUCAUCAAGUGAAGGGAUGAAGCCGCGAAGAGGACGGACUGUUCAAACCUGCUGCCUUUCGCUUUGCGCCUUCGUUUUUCGAGGAAUCUAUUUUUUAUUAUUGUUUUUCCCCCCCGUGUUUUUGCCGCAGCAGCACCUCAAACGGGACAGAAGGUGUAGAUGUUGGCAUUGACUGGGCAGAGCUGGUGUUUGGUGGACAGGACUUCUUGCUGAAGUGCAGCUUCUGCUGAGUCAGCGCUUCAGCGGCGCCGCGUUUAGCGAGAACGCGCUUGCGAGCGUCGAGGAAGCGGCUCCGACGUCGGACUCGAGCUCAGGCUUCACCUCCUGUUGACGCCGCUGCUUUCUCUGCUUUGAUCGUUUCUGUUAUGAAUUAAGUCACAUUUUAUAUAUUUUUUAAAUUCAUGCUUGUUUGUGAAUUGGAGGCUGUUUUUUAUUGUGUAUUUAUUGAACGGUGCGGAGACUAAAUAAAGAGUUGUGUUGGGAGAACAGA